AUGAACUCCAUCCGCGCCGCGACCAGCGCCUCGCGCACCGCCCUCACCGCUUCGGCUCGCACAGCAGCUCCCCGCCGAGCCUUCUCACAGUCACAAACGAAGCGCUCAGGUCACGGACCUAGCUACGAUCCCCCGUCCGGAUGGCUCUUUGGCGUCAAGCCCGGCGAGCAGUAUGAGAAGGAGGGGUGGGAGAACGCCAUGUACUGGGGCUUUGGAGGAGCCAUCCAAACCUGGGCCCUAGAGGAGGCGCGACGAAGACUCGAAGCCGAGGGUAUCCUCGCAGACCCAGACACCGUCAAGAAGGAGUAA